UGGAUAGAGGCAGAGACACACGUGUUGCUGCUAAUCCGCAAACUCAGCUAUUGUGACACCCCCCAUGCCAGAAGGAGACCAAACACAGAUCUGUAUCCACAAAGAAAGCACACAAACUUGCUUCUGGAGUCGCGCAAAGAAAACAAGACAGGAAUUUCCACAAUAUGAGAACUCAUAGCUUCAUGCUGUGCCCUCCUCUUCUGUUAGCCGCCAGUUUAUUUCUCUGUACUGUUGGCUCAGUGAGUGGCGAUUACUGUGAGGUGAACUACUGUUUAAAUGGAGGGACCUGUGUGACGAAGGUCGGCGAUGCCCCCUUCAUCUGUAUCUGUGCCGAUGGCUUCACUGGAGAAGUGUGCAAUGAAACCGAGAGCGGUCCGUGCCACCCUAACCCCUGCCACAACGAUGCCAUCUGUGAAGUCAUCACCCAUUCCCGGCGUGGGGACAUGUUCAGCGAGUACAUCUGCAAGUGUCCCCCGGGCUACAGCGGAGUUCACUGCCAGAACAAUGUGAACGAGUGUUCCAGCCAGCCCUGCAAGAAUGGAGGUACUUGCCAAGACCUGGAUGGUGAUUAUUCGUGCAAGUGCCCCUCGCCUUACGUUGGGAAGUACUGUCAGCUACGCUGCAUCUCCAUGCUUGGGAUGGAAGGGGGGGGUAUCGCAGAGUCUCAGAUCAUGGCCUCCUCUGUGCAUUACGGGUUCCUGGGACUGCAGCGCUGGGGCCCGGAGCUAUCCCGUCUCAAUAACAAGGGUCUGGUCAAUGCUUGGACCUCUGCUACCCAUGACAAGAACCCCUGGAUUCAGGUCAACCUAGAGAGGAAGAUGCGUCUCACUGCGAUUAUCACACAGGGUGCCAGUCGCAUGGGCACUGCAGAAUACAUCAAGUCCUUCAAGGUGGCAUAUAGCUACGAUGGCAAGGCCUUCACAGUAUACAAAGGAGAGGGGCAAAGGAAAGACAAGGUGUUUAUUGGAAACACGGAUAACGAUACCACCAAGACCAACCUGUUUGACCCGCCGAUCGUGGCGCAGUACAUCCGCGUCAUCCCCGUGGUGUGCCGCCAGGCCUGCACCUUGCGCAUGGAGUUCGUGGGCUGUGAGAUAAACGUGUAUUUAAACACGGCAGGUUGCUCUGAGCCCCUGGGCAUGAAGUCCCGUCUGAUCUCAGACAGGCAGAUCUCGGCCUCCAGUGCUUUCCGCACGUGGGGAAUUGAUGCCUUCACUUGGCUCCCCCACUAUGCCCGCCUUGACAAACAAGGCAAAACCAAUGCCUGGACUGCACUCAACAACAAUCGAUCCGAGUGGCUGCAGGUGGACUUGGAAACGCCUAAACGAAUCACAGGGAUAAUUACCCAGGGAGCCAAGGAUUUUGGGAAUGUCCAGUUUGUGUCAUCCUUUAAAGUGGCCUAUAGUGAUGAUGGACAAUCCUGGACCAUUUACAAGGAUGAAAAGACGAGGAAGGAUAAGGUGUUCCAGGGCAACAUCGACAACAAUAUCCACAUGAAGAAUAUAUUUGAGCCAAGUAUCUUUGCCAGGUUCUUCCGUGUCCUCCCCUGGACAUGGCACGAGCGCAUCACCUUGCGCAUGGAGCUCCUGGGCUGUGAAGAUUAGAGCCACUCUCGCUGCCACACCCUUCCAAGCACCACACCCACCAGACCUGUCUCCUCAGCUGCCUGCACUGCACUUCCUCCACAACUAGAGGGCAGAAUUGCACCUUGCUCGCUACCUGGUUUUAGGCUAUGUGAGCUAAAAAAAUGUUAAUCGCUUGACCUUAAACCCUUGUCCUCUGUACAACCCAAAAAACACAUUUCUAUAUCUGUAACAUAUAAUCUUAUGCUGGACAUGCAAUGAAUUUAGUUAUCAUUUAGCUUUCAUUAUGUAUAUAUGGAUUUUUAUGGAUAUCCAUAAGUGGGGGAUCGUCAUCCACUGCAUUGCAAUUACAGAUUUUCAGAAUUGCAUUUUGAGAAAAUGAGCUUUCACAGACUGAUAGAUUGUGAUGAUUUAAGUUUUUUUUUACUUUACUCAAUUCUUCAGUGUGCGUGACUGGGGACAUUGUGAAAAGUGAAGUAUAACAAAUUCAGAGGAUAAGGGGUAUAUGGUUUUCAUGCGCUGGCAUAUGAUAAACAAAUUAAACAGUAACAAAGUAUUGACGCUACAAUGCAAGAUGAUUGUACUCAGGGUAGCCAGUUCCACGGACAUGCAGAGACAAGGUCUGUACAAUCCCCCCAAAAUAUGGUUAUUCUGGUAACUGAUACUUUUGUUAUUAGUGAUAUGUAAUGGCUGUUUUUUAACUAUAUGUUGAUAAGGUGUAACAUGGAAUUAGUUCAGAAAUUGACUGCAUGAAACUUAUGAAUCUGGGGGAAUGAUGUAUUGUACUGAGACUGGCAGAGCUGUGUAGUUAUUCUUUCUUUGAUAAAUUACUUUUUUUAACCGUACCUGUGAAAAUAAUGUACAUUUUUGCUGUUUGAUGUGUUCUGAGAGAAGCUUUUCAAAACAUAACAUGGCUGGACACCAGAGUGCUGGCCACAACUGGGCCUGUUUUCAGUGUGUUACAAAUAUAACUCCAGGCCUGCGCCCAGAAGAAUAUAUAUCUUUUAGCAGCUUGUGGUCUCAAGACAACUAGGCGGAAGCUCACAGGGACAGUUUUGAAGUUUCAGAUAUGUCAAAGUACAUUUCUUUUUAACUGAAAUGAGGUUGGCUUUUGAUAGAAAAAUAAGGAUGGUGCAUUUUUCUUUUGUUUCCUCAUCCCCAUGUGAUCAAAAAACAUUUGCUUUACUUAGCUAGGUGUUCAGGUGCAAACAAAAAAUGUAAAGAAAAAAUGUGCUGUGCUGUCUGUGUGCAUAUUGGAGUGUUAGUGACGUAUUUCAUUUUGCAGCAAUGGAAUUGUAUUACAGGGGCUCAUUGAAAAUAAUAUAAUGUUGCAAAGAAAGUAGUACAUAAUUUCACUCACUUAUUCCCACACGAAUUAUGAAGGGUCCAUAGCUGUAACAUUGUUUUCCUUUCUUUCUGCUGCCCAGCGUGCACACAAUUCUCUCCUCUAACCUUAUAUUGCUGAGUUUUUUGGCUUUUUGGGGGCAGGUUGGUUAAGGAUAUCUUAGUGAGUAAUUUACUUUUAAAACCCACCUGGCUGACUGUGCCACAUAACUUUGUGUUUAUUCUCUCCUGCAUUCUUGGUUUUUAGUGUCACUUUUAAUUUGCAUGUGAGCUACCAGUUGUAACAAGUUCAAAGCUUUGAAAUCCUAGCACGUUAUCAGACACUACCAGCACAUCACUUGACCCCCCUGUGCCUCUGCUUUGUCUCGACUGUGAACAUAUGUCAUAUUAACCCUAACUUUUAACCCAUUAGGACCCCUGCUUAUUUAUGUCCAGAACCUCAAAUGGCAGAAGCUGCAUUCAGUCUAGUUGUAGCCCUUCUAGCACAGUUACAGUAACCCUCUACCAUGAUCUGUGCUGGUCUGAGAACCUUUGCCACUUCAGGGAAUUUUCUUCAGCACAAUUGCUGACAAGCAGAAUGGACAUGUCUGGUUUUUCCAGACUUUUUUUCAGCUGAAACCUAACCUCCAAAUAUAAUAGUAUAAAAUUGCACUGAAACCCCUGAUUGUUUUUAACCUUCGCUCAAAAAUUUCCCAUGGUGAACUAUAGAAUAAGGGCUUGUGCAAUAAACUGUGAGUUAAAAACGGAGAAGCGCUGAAAAAUUUAAAAGUGCAGAAUAAAAAAGCAGAAGAGAUUCUAUACCAAAUAGCAGCUGACAGAAGGUUAGGCACAAAUAUUUUGGAAUUGAUGUAAAAUAUUUAUAAUGGUGUACAGAUUGAAUUUCCUUUAGGGUUUAAUUGCAUUAUUUUACCAAGGGGGUAUGUACUGUAUACUACAAUCUCUGUAACACUUGUUUGCAAACUGUACUAACCUUGAAGUGCUCAUUUCAUACAGAGGCUUUUUUUAUUCAUCUGACCCUUAGCUCUUACAGACUUAAUCUUUCAUUUUCCAGCUUUUUUUGUAUGUUUAAUAACAAAAAAUAUUUUUAUGUCAAUGGAUUGGAUUUCAGUGUAACAUUACAUAUGUUUCUGCUAGUUUAAGCUUUGCUUUUUGGUUUUUGAAAAUAGAUCCAGUACCAUACUGUAUCUUUGACAUUUAAAUCUUUAAAAUAAAGAGAUCACGUAACCAUGUUUUGAGGUUGUAUUGCUGAGUUUAAGAUCCAUUGUAGAAAUGAAUAUGCUUUUUUAGAAACUAUAAAACUGAGGAUCUUAUAAAUAUCAAGUUUAAAUUAAUAUAGAGUAGACAUUGUAUUCACAAAAUGAUAGUACUCUGUGAAAAAGAACAUUAAGGGCAAUAUAGAAAAUGCCUGUGUAAAACAGGAGCUUUCAGCUAAAGUAACUGAUUUUAUUUUAGGGGGGAAACAAGUUAUUUCUGUUCUUAAAUCCCCAAAAGAAUUAGAAGCAAAAAUAGUUGGAAAGGACCCUUGAUUCAAACAGCACUUCUGCAGGCAAUUAUACUAAUUUACUUCUGUUUUUGAGACUGAACUCCUAUGCUCUGCAGAGCUAGCAGGGAGCCACCAUGCACAUCAGUUCUAAAGUUUUAGAAACUCUUUUGUAGCCUUUGAGUUUCCUUGGUUGUGAUAAAAGGACAAUUUCAUGUUACUUUUCCAUGCUAAUUAUUAUUAUUUUUAGAGUGAUGUUUUUUUUUUUAAUGAGGCCAUAUCAGAAAUUUUCUGUAUUAGCAGGAGCUUAAUUUUCACAGCUGCAUCCUAGACAUCUUAGAUAAACAUACAUGGGGAGCAUAGAAACUGAGAGUUUUUACAAGUGCUAAGUUUACAAGAAUGCUUCAUCUGAUGGGAACAAUACCUUCUCUUGCCUCAAGCUCAGUCACACUGGCUAAUUGACCAGGUUCGCAGGAUAACAUUUAGCAGUUAGAAGACUGCCUUCAAGCAGUGUUUUUAUAAGGCUACCAAAGAAUGAGGGGAAAUGGCUUUUUGUGAUUUAACGUUUUUACCUGACAUUGUGCCUUACUUAUUAUUCAGUUGUGAGUUAGAUUAAUAACACCUGGUACUAUUUAAGGGAGUAUUCUGCUAUGAGGCUUACCUACCACUUUUAAAAGUAGUCUUUUAUAGGUUAUUUGUGUCUUUGUACUUCGCAAACACUGGACCUGUCAGAUCAAAUGAAGUACCAAUUAGUACCAUCAGUAAAAUCAACACAUGGUUGCUGCAGGAUAGUGAGCAAAACUUGUCUGUUGCUGCUAAAUGCUUUCACUGUUUGUUUAUGAGGUUACCUCAAAAAAGAUAAUGAAAUUAAUUUGUGAUUUCCCUUUUUUUCAUCUAUCAUUGUGCUCAAUAAGUGGCAUUACAGGUAUCGGCUUUUUGUGCUUGUUUAUAUAAAUGCAUUCUUAAUAUAUGCACAUAAUGUCUUGGAUAUCUUUGAAAAAAUCAAUAAAAUUUGUGUAUUAUAACA